GGAUUUGGGGUCGCACAAGAAAGCAAAAGCGACUAGACUACAGUUGAGUCGUGCGACGGUGGAAUGGAAGCCACGGUUGGCUGGCUGUGUUUUUGCGCGUGUUGGGUGGUGAGCGCGCACGGCCGGACUCUCCAAGUCUCGGCACCUGUGAUCCAGGGGAUAAACGGGACCAGAACCGAACCCGCCGCCGAAUUUCUACUAUGCAACAAGGUGGCGUGGCGGGUGCCGGGUCGUUACAUGGUGAUCCUGCAUGGCGAGGGCGAUGUGCACAGGAACAUCAGGAAGCUGAGGAGCACCGCGGCCAGGAGGGGCCACCAAGUCGAGGUCCUUCGCACCUUCUUCUUCUUCUCGGGGGCUCUGCGAGGCUUCCUGGUCAAAAUGAGCAGUGAUGUCAUCCAACUGGCACUGAAGCUCCCUCAUGUCCAGUACGUGGAGGAGGACUCGUUCGUCUUUGCCCAGAGCGCCCCCUGGAGCCUCAACAAUGACUUACAUGGCGGCACCAGGGAAAACACAACGUACACUCCGCCCAAUGAUGGAGGCAAGAUGGAAGUUUAUCUGAUGGAUGGCAGCAUUAGGGCUUCUCACAGAGAGCUGAAAGGACGAGUGGUCGCUACAGACUUCAAUGAAAUUCCGGAAGAAGAUGGAGUCAAAGUUAGCCGGUGUAGCGCUCACAGCACACAUGUUGCAAGUGUGGUAAGCGGGGCGGACUCGGGCGUGGCCCGAGGUGCGGGCAUCCACUUGGUGCGAGUGCUCAAUUGUCACGGAAAGGGGUCCGUAUCAGGUGCUCUGGCGGGCUUGGAGUACAUCCGGGCCACCGCAAACGGGAGUCCAGUCGUCGUGUUGCUGCCUUUUGUCGGUGCCUUCAGCCGCUCGCUGAACCUGGCCAGUCGGAAGCUGGUGGCCAGCGGCGCCGUGGUCGUCGCUGCAGCCGGGAACUACAAAGAUGACGCUUGCUUCUACUCACCGGCGUCCGAACCUGAGGUGAUCACGGUGGGAGCGGUCGACGUUUCGAACCGGCGUGUGGCGCUAGGAUCUGGCGGCACUAACUUUGGGCGGUGCGUCAACCUGUUUGCGCCUGGUGAUGACAUCAUCAGCGCGAGCAGUGAAUGCGACACCUGUUUCACGGCCCACAGCGGAACGUCGCAGGCGGCAGCGCACGUGGCUGGCAUCGCAGCUUUGAUCCUGUCAUCCAAUCGGAAAGCAUCGCCACUGCAAGUCCUUCAAGCGAUGCUACGCUACUCCACCAGCAGGAUAAUUGACGUUCGUGCGCUUAUGGGACGACAUCGUCUCAACACUCCAAAUGCGAUGGCCACCGUGCCGCAUACUGUCAACAACAUGACAAGCUUUGAGUGCCGAGUGUCAGAACCGCAGCUCCUCAGCUCCUGUCCUCCGGGCUGGACCCGGACUCCACUGAGUCCGGAGAGGUGGGGUGACACCGUCUGCUGUCGCCACAGAAGAGUGUAAAAAUGUGGACCUAAAGAUGGUGCCAAUCAGCAGCAAGCAGCAUGCAAUCAAAUGGAAAGCUUGAUGAGGCCUGGAGGAGGCGGAACAUAAUCAACUUGAUUGGAGUCGGCCUGAUUAACAUUUAAGAUUUUAAGCAUGUGGCUUUUUAACACUAAACAAGUUCAUGGAGGUAAUUCUGU